GAGCACGAUCAGGGUGCCAUCCCUCGAGCUGCAUCUAUAUAGCAUUUCUGGCGUCUGGGCGAAGCAUUGGUUUCUGGAUCAUUUGAUUGUUUUUGCGAAGUCAAUCAUCAGGAGCCAACUCUGAUUUCUUGACAUAUGUAAAACCAACACCAUCACUCAGAGUGGAACGCCCCGUAUGCUUAUUUGGUACUUGCGAAGUGACAAUGUUGGCGGCACGAAGGCUAUUGAGAAUCAGCCAGAGGCGAUAUUUCUCUCAAAGUUUUAUUCGGCAAGAAGUGCGCGACAUCAGUGGUCUUCAAGAUCGCAUACAUCCAUCGUUUCAAGAAACUCGCAACAAUGAUUUACUUUGUUUGCAAUGGCCGUCACCACCAAGGAACGUACUACUGAUCAAGAAAAGAGGCGACAUAGCUGUUGACGAAUCGCUCAUUGAGUUCGCAAAACACAUCAAAGGAUCCUAUCCGGAUACAGAAAUAGUGUUAGAGGCGUCGACAGCUGCGAAGUAUCACGAGGAAUUCCCAUUUCCGGUCUACACGGAGACACCAAAUGGCAAUUCCGCCACAGCACGAUAUCAGGACAAGAUCGACUUUGUGUCUACGCUUGGGGGUGAUGGCACCAUUCUUCGUGCAGCGUCUCUGUUCGCCUCAUCGCAAAGUGUUCCACCUGUCCUCUCUUUCGGUAUGGGCACGUUAGGAUUCCUUGGCGAGUGGAAGUUCGGCGAGUACAAGCGUGCGUUCCGAGAAGUUUUCAUGUCAGGCGCUAUUGAUGCGUACGGAACUCGUAAUGGAGAAGCCGCUGAGCACGAAGCGCCUGUGACUGGGACUGGCUGGUCAUCUGUGAGAGGCAAAAGCAUGGGCAGUCAUCGAGGAUCGCGGGUCCUACUACGCAACAGGUUGAAAGUUGGCGUCUUUGACGCCUCGGGUGGCCGUAUAGCCACGGAGCCAACAUCAGCUGCGCUCCAUGCAUCCGCUGAUACGGACAUAUACGCCAUGAACGAGGUGGCACUACAUCGUGGCAUUUCCCCGCAUCUAGCGAUUAUUUCCAUCUAUGUUGGAGGCCGCUUACUUACCGAGGCUGUCGCCGACGGUCUGAUAGUCUCUACGCCUACCGGAUCCACUGCAUACUCUCUUUCGAGUGGCGGUGCUAUCGUACAUCCGCUCGUCCCAUCGAUCCUGUUGACGCCUAUCUGCCCCCGGUCUCUGUCGUUUCGUCCGCUGGUUCUUCCUGCUAACACUCCUAUUAGCCUCCGAUUCGGCGAGAAGAAUCGAGGACGCGAGCUCGAAGUAAGCGUGGAUGGUGUUCGGAUGCAACAUGGUAUCGAAAUCGGAUCUGAGAUUAAAGUCAUUGGAGAAGGUAUCCUUAUUGAAGGUGGUUGGGAGAAGAGAGAAUGGCGUGGUGGCGUGCCAUGUAUCGUCAGAGGGGCAGUGGGAAUGGAAAGAGAUAGCGAUGAUCAUUGGGUCGGUGGGUUGAACGCUCUCCUCAAAUACAAUCAUCCGUUUGGAGGCAUCAAAUAGUGGAGAGAAACUUUCGCCCUCGACAGAGCUACCAGAAUGCAGUCAAUCCGAUGAACAUGAUUCAUAGAACUAGAUUCCCACACCCAUCAGAUCCUACAGAAAGUCUGCUCACAGAAUGGUAAGAAUAGACCUGCAAACUCGCCGCUAAUGAGUCGGUUAUCUAACAGCUAUGGAUAGACAAGUUUGAGAUUGUCAUAAAUAUAGCUUGCAUAUGCAG